GGGGAGAACAGGAGAAAGCGGUGAGCCGUCAUCAUAGAAAGCCCCGGGAAAGUACAGACCGUGUUUUAAUGCGAAAAUAACCUGCAUGAGUGGUCCGUCCGACUCAGGUUCAGCUGCUGGAGGCGAGCCCUAAAGCAACUACCGAUUUCCUCCCUAAAUAUAGUUAUAUAGAUAAAACUGUUUAAAUGCAACGCUGUUUGAUAUAUGAGAAGACCAUGGCAGCCGAGACGAAGAGUUCACUGAGCAACAAUAACUGCAAAGACCACAGCAGGAGAAAGCUGCUGGUCGCUGUGGAUCUCUUCUGCUUGUUAUUAGCUGGCCUGCCUUUCUUGGUCAUUGAGACCUGCGCUGUUCAGCCUUACAGUAGAGGGUUUUACUGCGAUGAUGAGUCCAUCAGGUACCCGGCCAAAAAUGGAGACACCAUUAGUGACGGUGUGCUUAGCGCGGCAGGCAUUCUUAUCUCCAUCCUCUCUAUCAUAAUAGGUGAAAGCUACAGGAUCUACUUUCUGAACGAGGGAUCCAAGUCUUUUGUUGGGAAUCCCUACAUUGCUGCUCUCUACAAGCAGAUCGGGGUGUUCAUCUUUGGCUGUGCCAUCAGCCUGUCCUUUACCGACAUCGCAAAAGUGUCAGUAGGCCGCAUGCGACCACACUUCAUCGACAUAUGCAAGCCCGACUUCUCCACCAUCAACUGCUCCCUGGGCUACAUCACUGAGUACACAUGCCAUGGGCCAGAGAGCAAAGUCCAAGAGGCCAGGAAAUCAUUUUUCUCUGGACAUGCGUCGUUCUCCAUGUACACCAUGCUUUACUUAGUGUUUUACUUGCAGUCUCGCUUCACCUGGCACGGUGCCCGCCUUCUGCGUCCGUUGACCCAGUUCACCCUCAUCAUGAUGUCCUUCUACACCGGCCUGUCUCGGGUGUCCGACCACAAGCACCACCCCACGGAUGUCCUGGCUGGGUUCAUUCAGGGCGCCGUAGUGGCCUACUGCAUUGUUUUCUAUGUGUCUGACUUGUUUACGCCCAAAGGAAGACGCUCCGCUGUGUCCCAAACACCGGUGAAGAAAGAUCUCAUUCCUGCAGCGGACAUCAGGGAGCGGGGCAACCAUCUCAUCAUAGCGUAAAGGAAGGCUGAACUGACUGCAAACAAACCAUGAGCAGAGCUGUGCAUUGGUUUUUUUUCCGGCCACUAGUUCCUACUGGAUAAAAUAAACAGAAUAAAGGAAGACCAGAAGAAACAAUUGAGCAAGUUUUGUCUUGUGAAAGGACAUUUUCAUCUUUUCCCCUAAUCUCACCAGACAUGUGAAUGUGUGGAGAGGAGAGAUGACCUUCUUUUGUUUCACAAGGAGUAUUUGACCUUCUCUCCUGUUGUGAAGAUUGCACGCUCUCCAUUGCCAAGACCUUUUCCUGAACAAAAGUCGGAAAUCAAGCAAAACUUUCAAAUGGCAGCUGCUAACAAAGCUAUAUGUGGUUUUUGUGCAUUUUAUUUCCUCCCCUUGACCGCGUCCAGCCUGGGUGCUCCACUCAUAGACCUGCUCCUCAACAAAUUCCUCUGUCAGGAAGGAUAUUGGUUUAGUUUGGUCGUACUUCAAGACAUUGCGUGUGUGAUUUGUGAAGCACUAUUUUAGUUCAGUAUUAUUUGUCACCACUCGAAUGACCUUUUACAAGGUUUGAGAAAGCUUUGUAAACUUUCACUCUGUGCAUAGUUCAAUGUUGCCUCAAAUGUUACAGUUAUGUGGAAAAUACAACGAGGGUGUGUGUGUGUGUGUGUGUGAGUGGGUGAUCUUUUUUUUUUUCUUUUUGGAUGUGGGCCUCAUUCUGCUGGCAAGGAUGAGCCCCCACUGAGCCAUUUAAUGAAACGACUGUCUUUUAUGUGUGCCAGACGGGUGCUCACAUGUGUUGGGUCAGAGUGUGUGCGCUUGUGUUUUAGUGUUUCUUCGUGUCUUAAUGUCAGGGUUAUAUAUUUCAAUGUUUAUGGCCUAAUAGUGUGGCAGAAAAGAGGCACCUGUUCUAAUAGAUGCAUGCAACAGGAGACAAGAUUGCCAUGUAAGACAUACAAUUUGAGCACAUGUUCAGAUUAAUCUCACUUAUUAUACUAAUUGGUUACCCUUAACACUAAAAAUAGCUCGUCUUGUAAAAUCACACAAUUGGGUUAUCAGUAGAGAUGCACUGACCAGUGACUGGCCAAUUGGAAACUUAAAUAUCCAAUUCUUUUUUAGUCAGUGAAUGCAUCGUAACAAAGUCCAACAGGUUGCGCUAACGACAACAAUCUUCAGUGUGGACGUUGUUACUCAAAAGGAGGAAUUUUCACUAUCAGUGAGAUGUUUUAAAAUGAAGUCAAAGGAAGAACACAAUGUUAAGAAGAUGUUCAAAGUUUAGCUGUAUUUACUAUACAGGCAUAGCUGCUCAUCCAGGCUAGACUCCUUUUGGUGCGGGUCAGUACACUCCUCAACCAUUUAUUACUUCUGAUCAUGCAUGACUUUUUCAGGGACAAAAAGUAGAUGCUAAACAAAGAUGCCAUCCUCUUUCCUAUGGAUCUGCUGUUCAAUGAAGGCCAAAAAAAUCUUAAGUUAACUCCCUAAUAAUUUCUUUCCUGUUUUACUGUGAUCUAUUUCUGACACACAAUGUGACGUCACUUCAACUCCUAGUAAAAUGGUUAAUUUAAAAUAAUUAAUGGUCACUCACGGCAGGAAGGCUUGAAAAACACAAAUCUUUUAAACAAAAAUUUAGAACAUCAUCUGAUUGCUUUUAGUAAAAACAAAAUAAACACCCAACUAAAUGUAAUCUUUAAGUUAUUAUUCUGUGAAAUAUACCUUUUCAUCUUUCUUGAAAGCAACCGAUAGACUUGCAGCUUGCCAUCUGUUACACGAUCAUUGUUCACAUUUGGCCAGCUGAAAUAUUUCCAUACAGGUGAGGGGAAUUUGUAGCAGGCUUCUUUUCAAGCAGCUGGCAGGAAUUGCACAGCAACAGGUGGAGUUAGGCACAUUUCUAAAUUACUCUUUCCUCUCUAAAGUUAGAGAAGAGUUGUCACUCCGAGACUUUUUCCAGAAUCCCAUUAAAAGGACUUUAAACCUUAGGAGCAUUAUUAUGGAACAUUUUAGAAGUUUUAAAACAGUAUUUUUUCAAACCUUUGUAUACCUUGAUACAGCUAAACUGCCAAUUCCUUUUAUUAGCAAGCUUUACAAAACUGGAAAUGGACAACAAAACUCUGAUCUGUGCAUCUCUAGUUAGUAGUGAAGGUCUGCAUGAUAUAAACAUAAUAUAAUACCUACAAUAUGCCUGCAAGACUCCAUUGAAGCAUAUAUAGGAAUCCAGGUCCUUAAAAUAUGCCAACUCCGUUAUAAAUUAGACUGCCUCAGAAAGUUCACUGUGCCACUAUGUGUUGUAAAUUGCUGUAAUUGGUCAUUUGUCUUCUGCAGAAACACCCACUAUGACUCUGUGUUGAGACCUGUGUAAAUGUAGAACGUGCUUCUGUGUGAGGCAAACAGCAUCCAGUGACGUGAAUAUUAACUCGUAUAAAACAAGAACAAAGCAGUCUAAACCAGAUGGCUUCGGUUCAUUUUUUUAUGAAAGCAAAAAUCAUUUAAUAUUUUUAUAAUGUGAAAUUUUGUACUAUAAAACUGUAUUAAAGAAAGAAUGCCUUUAAUAAAACACAAAAGAAUAAGAA